AUGUACGAACGUACUCUUCUCCAGCCAAAACUUGAAAGUAAAAUAUCUCAUCAACAGACUGACAAAAAUCAAAAAUUUCAACACCAAAAUUUAUUUUGAGUGUCUUACGCUAGAUUGAUUACUCUAUAUAGGUUUAAAAUAUAAUAAAAAUAUUAUAUAAAACAAGUAAUUUCAAAUUUAUAGAAUAUUUUGUGUUAGACGGCGAUGAUACUGGUGACACCAGAGAUGAAAAAAAAAACUUUUGUCGGGCAGGCGGAGGUGACAAUAUAAACCCGAAAUACGUAUUUGGUAAAUAUUUUAUUGACGUAAAUUUAAGUGUAAAUAGUGUAUAAUUUAUGUUCAUUAAUGCCAUCGAUACAUCUAAUUAAAACACGAAAAAAUGAUUAUUUGUCUAUACCACGGUUGUCCAAUGUAUUUUGGAAGCGGGCUAUAAUUUAAAUUAUAUUUAACUGGUGGGUGAUCUUAUUAACNAGACGGCGAUGAUACUGGUGACACCAGAGAUGAAAAAAAAGACUUUUGUCGGGCAGGCGGAGGUGACAAUAUAAACCCGAAAUACGUAUUUGGUAAAAUAUUUUAUUAACGUAAAUUUAAGUGUAAAUAGUGUAUAAUGUAUGUUCAUUAAUGCCAUCAAUACAUCUAAUUAAAACACGAAAAAAUGAUAAUUUGUCUAUACCACGGUUGUCCAAUUUAUUUUGGAAGCGGGCUAUAAUUUAAAUUAUAUUUAACUGGUGGGUGAUCUUAUUAACAAGACCUGCUUACACAUAUAAUUCUUCUAUACAUAUUAAUUAAAUAAAGUUUAAAAAAUAAACUAUUUGUAUACAUUUUAUUAUUAGUUAUAAAUAAAAUAAAAUUAUUAAUAAAAAAUUAAUAUUUUAAUGCUAAAAAAAUAAUAUAAAUGACAAUAGUUACAUUUUAGGAUGCCUCUAUUAUUUAAUUUAAGCACCUGUAUAAAUUACGUACCGAAUUUGUUUUGUUAUAGAGUAACAAUAAUUAAAUAACUAUAGGUAUGUUUUAUUUUUACUUUUUAACCAGGAAAAGAAUUCAACGAAGCUAAGGCUAAAGAAAUGUGUGAGUCGACUGCCACAGUCCGAGGUGGAAAGUUGGACGAAAUAAGAUUUACAAGAAAAGGCGAGCAUAUUUGUAAAAUGGCCUGUAAAAGUAUCGGUUUUAGCAUAUUAACAAUCAAACCGACAAUACUAAUGCUGGUAGACAAGUAUUGUACUAGGGAAGGAUUGAAGCCCGUAGCCUGCGUUUGCAAUCUGAAAGUUUUAUGCCGAGAAAAGAUAUAUCAUGCAUUUAUCACCGUAGUUCCGAACAACGGUGGUGGAAUAGCGAUGUCGUUCUCGGAGGCGGGACAACCGCCGAAAACGAAUUCGAUAGUUAAUUCGAAUGGUCCUCUGCACAUAGCCUGA